GCUCUGUAUGAGGAGGGGCUUCUGGAAGGAUCUGCUGCGGGGAUUGGAGAAUCUAAAUCCCGUAUUUUCACCUGAAUGCAGAAGCGAAUACGAUGAGAAUUUGAUUUUUCCAACAAUUUCGAGACCGGAGGAGAGUAACAAGCUGGCACUGGUCAUUGAAAUCCUAACAAGGAUUCAAAGCAUCUUCAGUGUGCCCGAGGUGCCUUUGGACAGUCGCAAUCUGCUCAUGUUCCUCAACAAAAUAUCGGAAAUCCUCUCUCAUCUGCAAUCCUGCAUGAAUUCACCGCUAGACACUCAUCAUCACCAAUCAGCAGCACGAGAAAAGUUCCAGAAACUAAAGAUAUUUUUAAGACAGAAGGGAAACAGUGGUUGUGCCUGGGAGGUUGUCCAUGCAGUAAUCAGAACAAUUCUUCAAGAGGCUGCAAUAAACCAUGCAAGAAAAUGAAAAGCAAUAGUUGAUAUUAUCAAUAUAAGAGAGAAACGCCUGCCUUAUAUUUUAUGUAUAUUCUUGUUCU